CCUCGGGAAUCAUGACGUUGCUCCUGCAGGUUUUUAUAGACGUUUUCCUCACUGCACAGACUGCUGGCACGUGUAAGACGCAGCUUUGGCAGCGAUAGGAGGCCGGUGUUGGGUAAAUCACACUGAAGCCUUGAAGGUACACUUGACUCUAUACAUCUUAAGAAGAAGGAAGAGGAUAGGACAGUGUUCCCUGCAGCAGGGUGAUGGACAGUUAAGACCGCUACGAUGACAGAUGACGCCCUCACUGGCCCCUCCACCAAGCUGUCCUUCCAUCUGGCAGCCAUCAGCGUGGUCAACCUGCCCCAUACGCUCUAUAACUCCCUCUCACAGGUGAACCUCAGUACAAGCACUAAGAAAGUAGUCGCUGCUACAGCCUUCGGCGCAGUGUCUCUCCUCUUCCUCGCCCAUCACUUCCAGAGGAGGAAAGGCAGGAAGAAGGGAGUCCAGUCACCCCAGUGGGAGCAGACGGGGACCUUUCAGUUCCCGGACCUGGUAGUUCACCAGGAGAAAGAUGCAGAUGCCUGCAGUUUCCAGAACCUCAGCCUGUCUCUCAACUGUAAGAAUGUCUACGCCUGUGGCCUUCUGCCCAACGGAGGACCUUACAGCAAGCUGUCAGUGUCACUACAGAGUCUGGCCUCGGUCAAGAGUAUCAACUCAUCCUGUACUUGCGCUAACAGCUCUACCUGCUGGGACAGACCUGGAGAUGAAGACAUCUCUAACGUAGUCAACAUCCCUGUUACCACGCCUCAAAUACUCUACCUCAGGGGUAUGGAGCUGUUUGAGGAGGCUCUGAGGCGGUGGGAGCAGGCCUUAACCUUCAGUGGCAGACCAGGGGAGGAGCCGCCUGACUGUUCCUCUUUUACGCUGGGGGCUGGAGACUCUACAGCUGAGGAGAGCAUAGAGGUGAAUACACUGGAGACUCUACAGCUGAGGAGAGGUGAAUACACUGGAGACUCUACAGCUGAGGAGAGUAUAGAGGACCUGAUCAGUGCGGAGUUUGUCCACAAGCUGGAGCUUCUCCUGCAGAGAGCGUACAGACUACAGGAGGAGUUUGAAGGAGCUCUGGGCGUGUCUGAACCUUCCUCACACAGCGGCAGCCACGAAAAGACUCGUGUGUUUUGUAGAGAUGAUCUGGAUGAUGUGUCCUGUCUCAAAGACUCCAUCAGCAUCGCCUCCAAUGACUCCUUCAUGUCUGCUGCAGAGUUGUCAGAGCAGUACAGGGAGCUGCGUACUGCCUGUGUCCUGGGGUCAUGUAGAGUUAUUAACCCCUUCUAUGAGGAGGCCAUACAGUUGGCUGAGGAGGGAAAGAUCUCCUGCAGAGUACACAGGACUGAGCUGCUGGAGUGUCUUGGGGACACCGACUUCCUGGCCAAGUUACACUGUGUGCGGCAGGCCUGUAAACUGAUUCUGUGUGAGAGAGCAACGAGGACGUUUCUGGCUGAAACCGGAAAGAAGAUCCUGUCUUCCAUAAUUGUAAAAGCGCGUAAGAGCCCGAAGAGGUUUGAAGAAGUGUUUGAGGAGAUGAUUGUUUUCCUGGAGCACCCGGAACACUGGGAGAACACUGAAGUGGAGCUGGCCACGAGAGGGGUGUCUCCGGAAGGUGGUGAUUGACUCCGCUGUCCUGGCGUCGUGAGGGAGCUUGUUCCACC